GAGCGCUCACUGCGCCAAUCUUUAUCUUCGCUUUGCUCUUCAGAACGAAUCUUCUGAUGCGAGGCCACUCCACAGGAAGCGUGACCUCACUGGGGCUCUGUGCUGCUGAUUGCACGGGCUCUUUUCAAAAGGAAACAGGGGACCUGCUGAGGCUGCCUGUGCCGGAGCAGGGCUCAGCUCUCCCGGGAAGCUGCUCCAGGAGCACCCUCCGCCUGCCGUCCCACGUGUUAAUUGUCAAAUGGAUUUUCCAGGUUCAACACCGUUUAAUGGAAAGCACAGACACAGCCUCUCAAGACAUAUUUUUCCAAGUUGUGCUUGUGCCUUUUUGGACAACGAUCCUGCCUACGAGUGCUCCACCAGUCCUCUGACAGGCUCCCUUCCCACAUGCCGCCACAGCCCUCGACUGCUUUCUAAUGGUUAUUAUGUUUUGACAGAAGACAGUUUUCUGUCUGAUGAAGAGGGCAACAUAACACUGACACCAUCCCACACAAAUGUUACAUAUAAAGAGAAUUUAGUUCGUGUAUUCAAGCGAAGGAAGAAAAUCCGUCGCUCUCUUGACAGCUUGUUCAAUCUCAGUGCCUCCAGCUCAUGGCUCAGCUCCACCAUUCCCAGCAGGAUGGAUUUCUCCCAUGUAGAGGAUCCUUGGCCUGAUGGAUGCAGUAAACUAGAAGCCAGUCACAGUGACAUUGGUGAUUUAGACUUUUCUUCUGAAUGUAAUAACCAUGUGUCACAAAAGCAAAUUCCAGCAUCUAAUGGAGCAUUUCUCACCAAAGAUGAUGAGUUUCUUCAUUUUGAGGAACCAUUUUGUGCUUCAAAAUCCUGCUCUUCAUUUAUGAUAAAUGCAAAUGAAGAGAACUGGAACAAUGCAGAAUCCAGGACAGUGCAAAAUGUCGUUUCUCAGAUGGUUGCACUGAUCAUGUGUUUAAUCAUUUCAGUGUGUACAAGAUAUUUUCUGGGAGGACUGUCUGCUACUUUGUUGCUGAUGAUUUUAGUUUUUCUUUUGUCCCAAGAUGCUGCUGUGUCAUCUUUAUUCAGUCUCGAUACAUUUUUCUGAACAACUGAGCUUUGGCUCUUCAGCAUUGGACUCCUGGAUACCUCCUUAAGGCCACGUUCCUGUGGGAAAAAAAAUAACAGAUUUGAUAGUAUUCUUCCUCCAAAACACAAACAAUUUUAGCUUUAUUUUUCGUCUGGUCAAAUAUAAGUGAGGCCUUAGUUCUUGGUGACUACCUGAAGUGCUGUGCCUGUAGUAUUUUUAUCUUGAUAAUAAAAAGUGUUUUAUAAUUCCUGUGAAAUAUUUUUAAAAUGAAAAUUAUGUUAUCCUAUAUUUUGUAUAAUAAUUUCUUGUUACAACAUGCUAUCAAAGAUAAUGGAUUUGGACAGUGGCUGAGUACAUGUGAUUACUAAAAUAAUAUUUACAAUACUCAUCCUCAUAUUUACUUGUAGUUAAUGCACUUGAAUAAUAUUCUAAGUGUUAAGUAAUUCCUCUUCUUUAUUUGAAGUACAGAGACAACUGAGAGUAAAUAUCACUAUGUAAACCAUGUAAAUAUUUUUUAUCUAUUUUAUGCCUAUCAUAAAAGGUCCAUCCAUUACUAAAAUCACUUUUAAAAUAAAAGGAUUAUAAAGAUCUUUAGUGUUUAAAUAAUCUCUUGAAAUAAUAAUCUGAAAAGUCAAAUCCCAUUCUGAGAUAAAAGUCUAAGACUGCAAUUACCCUGCAGUCAUCAAAGCAAUUAUGGUGCAAACUGGAAGAGUUCACUGUAAGCUCGUUAGUUCACUGGAAACUAUAGAAGAAAAAUCUGACUGAGAUUUUUUUUUAAAAUGGCCUAUAAUAAAUUGCUAUAAUCUGUCUUUUAAUAAAUACAAACUGCAAAUUAGAAUUGUUCUGAUAUGGAGAGAGGGAGCUCCUGGGGCAAUUUCUCAAUUGGAGUUCAAGCUAAAAAAAAAAUGCUCAGGAUCUGUUAAGAUUUGCCUUCCCUGAUAUUCAUCAAUGUUGAAUUAACAAAAUUCUAGUGAGUUAUCAGGCUGGUUGGCUUUGGCAGUUCCCUUCCCUAUAUUCCAAUGGACAUAAAAAUAUGCCUCAUCUUUUUUCUCUGAAAAAAGGCACAAUCAGGGUUUCUUCCUGUUGGAUGAAAAAUUGAAGCCCAGGAUUUUUCUGAUGAAAAACUGAAAAGAAUUUUCAACCUAAAAGUGUAAAUCCAGACUUUCAGAGGUAAUAAGUAUUUGCAGCUCCUGUUAACUACAGUAUCAAGCCUAGGAUAACUGUGGGAUAUAAUUCUCUCACAGCAAAACCACAUAUUGAUUAGUGAUUAUAUGACACAUAUACCGAGAAAACAACAAUAAUUUUAUGAGGUUUUUUGUCCCUAGUGAUUAAAUGUUUACUCCCCUUUACUAUAGCACCUUUUUUAGAGAAAGAAAAGCAAAUAAAAGUGCUGAGAUGUGGAUUUAUAAACCACUUUGUAUUUUUUCAUAUAAUAUAUUGCUUUUUUAAUAUAUAUGAUCUUUACAAUUACAACUUGUCUUAUACUCUCUUACUUCAGCUGUGUGCAGCUGAAUUUCAGGGUCAUUCCUGAGUAAAUAUCAUGUAGUCCUUUACAGGGAGAAUGUUCAUGUGGAAGAUGAUAAUAUUGAUGCUAUUCCUUAACUUUUGGUGUUCCUGGUCUAUGAGCAAGCCUGGUUUGUAGUUAUCCUGAAAGCAUUACUCAUAGAAGCCAAACCAUACAGAUUAACAUCUUUUAUUUAAGUUAUAUGGAAUAAACCACACGGUACAGAACACAGGUUAUGACCACUUAGUCCAGUUCUGCAAAAACUGCUUUUUGAUGUACAUUUUUGUGAAUUGGCUGCACUGUUUUGUAAACCUCUCUGCAUGUUUCUAUAUACACUGAGCAAAACUGUUACUUCAUUUAUAUUGUUCCUUUUUAUUACAGUUUCUCACAUUACUUUUUCCCCCCCACCAUCUCUGGCAUUUCCAUAUCAGUAAACUUGUUCCUGUUCUCA